AAGGAUCUAGCAGAAGAUUUUUCGAUGAGACUUCUCAAGUUUUUACUACGUUAUUUUCCGCCAGGGAUCGCCUUGGAGUACACCCAGGGAGGAGACGUCAAAACCAAAAUGAUAGACCUCCUCGAUCUCUCAGCCAAAACCGACAUAAAAGAGCUUGCUCAGAGUAUCAAAGCAUCGGAGCCGGUGAUAACUGACAGCGUGAUGGAUCAAUUGAUCGAGACUCUGGAGAAAUUGCAGUCGAAGGUCUGUGACAACAGUGUCAAGCGUUACUACAAAUAUAAAACAUUGCAAACGCAUUUGUUGCCCCUGACGAACAUCGCGUUUGAUAAAUUAGGUAAAAGAUGCCUGACGGGCAGCUAUGACCGAACUUGUAAAGUUUGGGACAUUGACAGUGGAACGGAGCUUCUUACUCUCCAAGGCCACAAAAACGUAGUUUAUGCAGUGUCCUUCAACAAUCCAGCCUCUGACAAAAUCGUGACGGGCUCGUUUGACAAAACGGCGAGUGUAUGGUGCUCGCGAACCGGCCACUGUCUCGUUCAAAUGUGGGGUCACAAGGCAGAGGUCGUAGUUGCACGCUUUUCGCCCACUCAGGCAAGAAUCGCUACUGGCUCGUUGGACACGACUGCCAAAAUAUUUGGCAUUUCCGGCGGCCAAGAGCUGGCUACGUUGAGAGGACACACUGGCGAAAUCGUAGCGAUGCAUUACAAUGACAAUGGAAAUGAGCUUAUUACUGGAUCUUUUGACAGCACCAUCAGCAUAUGGGACACAAGAACUUUCAAAAGGAGCAGCGUUCUCAUUGGCCACCGAGCAGAAGUAUCCAACUGUUUGUACAGUUUCGAUUGUUCCCUCAUCGCCUCCUCCUCGCUCGACAAAACCUCCAAACUCUGGGACGCCAGAAUGAAUUCCUGCAUCGCGACCCUCCUCGGCCACGAGGACGAAGUCCUUGAUCUAACCUUCGAUAACAAGGGCAAACGAUUGGCAACUGCCAGCAGCGAUACGACUGCACGAGUCUGGGAUAUUACCGGGGACUUUCGUGAAACUGCUCUCAUGGAAGGUCAUCGGGAAGAAGUUUCCAAAGUUUGCUUCAGCCCAAAUGGUCACCAAUUGUUGACAUCCUCGCUGGACAGGACCGCGAGACUUUGGUCCAGUGAGACCGGAUGUUGUGCCCAGACUCUGAGCGGUCACGGGGACGACGUUUUCGCUUGUGCUUUUUCGUACGCCGGUGACACCGUCGUCACCGCGAGCAAAGACAAUUCUUGUAUGAUUUGGAGGUGACUCGAAUGGUUUCAGGUGCUCGCGUAGCUGCUACUUGUCGCCCUGUUCGUGAGUUACAUUUUAUACUUUUUUGUCCUCCGACAAAAGAGUCCGUCGACCUUGUGAAAACUAAAAAAUAUUUACAACUCUAACUCGAAAGUGCGAAAGUUGCUUAAAGCUCGCAUCAAAAUUGGACUUAUCGAAGAUUGUUUAAUUAAAAUCGUCGCUAGGAAGUUUGGAUAA